ACAUACACACACGCACACACACUCACACGCACUCACACGCACGCACUCACACACGCACACACACUCAGAAAUACGCACACACACACGCGCGCACACACUCCCACACACAGUGAGUGUGAGUCGCAGCUGAUGAUCGGACUCAGAGUGACCAGAGGAAACCAUUAAACUACUAAAACAGAGACUGAUUAACACACAUGUAUCACUGUCACUUAUGAGUCUGAUGUCUCUCAGUCAUCUUGUGUCAUUCAGACUCAAAGGGUCAAGUUAACGGUCAAGAGACGUGCAGCCCAAUUUCCCAUGUUGCUUUUCUCUGUGAAACUGCCCAGGAAGACUGUUUCAUUAUUAUUGAGCUGUUGAACAUCAUAUGUUCUUGAAGUUUCUUUUUCUCUUGAGGAAAAGACAGAAAUAUGUGAGUGACAGACCCGUCGGAUUCGUCUCCUGUCAGGAACACUGCAGCUGUGCUCUUCCUGGUUCUUGCCAUCACAAAUCAUAUCUGGAUGUGUUUUAUUUGAGCGGUACACGCGUCAAGAGGAGGUGUACCACUAGAUUAAUUCCCCUGUCAAAUCAAACAGAUUAUUUCUGAAAUGUCAUCAUUUGGGAGACAAAACGGAUUCAAAUCUGCCAAAGAUCACGUGUGUGGAAGAGCGUGAUCAGUGUGAAUAAUCAUGAGCUGUGUGCGACGACAUUUAUAACAUUGAAUCUGACCUGACUGACCUGUAAGACUCGCCUCGUCUUUCCUCAAUCGCCCGACCGUCGUUUGCUUGCGCUGGCGAGCGAGGAUGCGCGUACCGGGCCGCAGUCGGUGAGGAUGUAUGAAGCAUCUGGGAUGACGGAAUGCAAGGCGGAGGUCACUCCAUCCACACGGAACGGGCACCGCGUGUUUAGCUACACGCUAGAGAGCCACACGGCUGCCGCCUUCAACAUCAUGAACGAGCUGCGACUUGAGCGACAGCUCUGUGACGUCACGCUGAGGGUGAAAUAUAACGAUCUGGAGGCCGUGGACUUCGUAGCUCAUAAGGUGGUGUUGGCAUCGUCGUCGCCGGUGUUUCGUGCCAUGUUCACUAACGGACUGAAGGAGUGCGGGAUGGAGGUUGUGCCUAUCGAGGGAAUUCACCCAAAGGUGAUGGGGCGACUGAUAGAAUUUGCGUACACGGCAAGCAUCUCUGUGGGAGAGAAGUGUGUGAUUCACGUGAUGAACGGCGCCGUCAUGUAUCAGAUCGACAGUGUGGUGAAGGCCUGCUGCGAUUUCCUCGUACAACAGCUUGACCCGAGUAACGCCAUCGGCAUUGCAAACUUCGCAGAGCAGAUCAGCUGCACUGAGCUUCAUCAGAAAGCUAGAGAAUACAUCUACAUGAACUUCAGCCAGGUGGCCACUCAGGAGGAGUUCUUCAACCUGUCUCACUGUCAACUGGUGACAUUGAUCAGUCGUGAUGAGCUAAAUGUGCGCUGUGAGUCGGAGGUGUUUUACGCCUGUGUGGAGUGGGUUCAGUACGACCGCGAAAACCGGCGGCCGUACGUUCAGGCGCUUCUGCAGGCCGUCCGCUGUCACUCACUCACGCCACAUUUCUUGCAGCGGCAGCUUGAACACUUUGAGUGGGACGCUCAGAGUAAAGAUUACCUGUCGCAGAUCUUCCAGGAUCUGACACUGCACAAGCCGACGAAACUCAUCCCCUGCCGGACGCCUAAAGUCCCGCAGCUCAUCUACACGGCCGGCGGGUAUUUCCGUCAGUCGCUCAGCUACCUGGAGGCGUUUAACCCCUGCACGGGUGCGUGGCUCCGGCUGGCGGAUCUGCAGGUGCCACGCAGCGGACUGGCGGCGUGCGUGAUCAGCGGGCUGCUGUACGCAGUAGGUGGGCGCAAUAAUGCGCCAGAGGGGAACAUGGACUCCAACACGCUGGACUGUUACAACCCCAUGAACAACUGCUGGCUGCCCUGCGCGCCCAUGAGUGUCCCGCGCAACCGUAUUGGUGUUGCUGUGAUCGACGGCAUGAUCUACGCCGUAGGUGGGUCACAUGGAUGCGUCCAUCACAACAGCGUCGAGAGGUAUGACCCAGAGAGAGACUGUUGGCAUCUGGUGGCGCCCAUGUUGACGCGGCGUAUCGGAGUGGCUGUGGCCGUGAUUAAUCGUCUGCUGUAUGCGGUGGGUGGGUUUGAUGGGACACACCGGUUGAGUUCAGCUGAAUGUUACAACCCCGAGAAAGACGAGUGGAGGACCAUCGCGUCCAUGAACACGGUCCGCAGCGGCGCAGGUGUGUGUGCACUGGGGAACUACAUCUAUGUGGUGGGCGGAUACGACGGCACGAAUCAGCUGAACACAGUGGAGCGUUACGACGUGGAAACAGACAGCUGGAGUUUCACCGCGUCCAUGAGGCACAGACGGAGUGCGCUCGGAGUCACCGCACACCACGGACGCAUCUAUGUGCUCGGUGGUUAUGAUGGAAACACUUUUCUGGACAGUGUGGAGUGUUUUGACCCAGAAACAGAUACCUGGAGAGAGGUCACUAAAAUGACCUCUGGUAGGAGCGGGGUUGGGGUCGCUGUGACCAUGGAGCCGUGCCAAAAAGACCUCAACCCGUGUCAAAAAUGCUAAUGCUACAAUCUCUCUGUCAGUGUCUUUAGCGCACAAUAAAUGUAAGUCACCGUAUAAAUCAAACGAGAUUGUCAGGAGAGUUUAAGAUGUGAUUUGAGUUUCAGUGUAAACAAGCUCUAGAAGUUCUUCAAUUGCCAACGUCUCGUGGAGUUGAGCAGAGAUCCCGCCGUGUGAAGACGAAUCGCAGCAGAACCUACAGAACAUCUAUUGAAAACAUACAGCUCACAUUCGUGUGGAUGUCCAGAACUUGUCUGAGUUUAAUAAAGUGCCAUGACCCAGCAUAUAGGAGGUCUGAAGUGCAAUGACCAGACGGUGAACUAAAUAAAGUUUAAUAUUACGUUUGGCUGAGGUCAAGCUGUUCGGCUAAAUACACCCCAGAAGUUUUUAUUCCCUUUUUUUACAUCGAGAAAUUGAUGACUCUUGAAACUGAAGAAGUCGGUAUCUCAUAGAAACAAGCUGAAGUUCAACCACAGAGAUUUUGGACAUUUACAAACUUACUGGAGCAUUUUUACCAAACCGAAUAAGUUUUGAAGCGUUUCUGGAUUUCUCGACAUGUAUUCCAGCCUACAGCUACAUUUGAUGCCAACGAACGUUGCUUUUGCUCAAUAAAAAGAUGAUUUUCAC